CGAUAAAAAUCCAAUUUCAUUAAAGUUUCUUUUUCAUAUUUAUAUUACCCGUGGGUAUUAUUUCGGUGUCGUACAGAACAGAUUAAAUAAAAAGACUUGAUUUAAUAAUGUCAAUAGAAGAGGAAAAGUUUGAUGGAUUGUUAUUAGCUAUAGCAGAGAAACAUAAGGACGGCGUACCCCAGUUUCUAAAUACGAUUGCUAGCUUCCUUCGUCGGAAAACUGAUUUCUUUACUGGGGCUUCUCAGUCACAAUGGGAAAGCUUGCUUCUAAACGUUUUUCAUAAGCAAUCAGAUUUAGCAGUGAAAAUGUGCUCUGCGCAGAAAGAAGGACAUAUUGAUAAGGAUACAGACGUCGUCAAGAACUCUAAUAACAUUCCUAAAAAGCAGAACAGUGAUGAAGAAAGUAUCCAUGAAGCUGAACCGUCUAAACCUAUUAAUGAUAUAGAGGACGAUUCUGAAAAAGAUGAAAUCGGAAAGCUUAAACCAAACGCUGGCAAUGGUUGCACUCUGGAUAAGUACUCAUGGACACAAACUUUACAAGAUGUUGAGGUUAAAGUUCCACUCAAGGCCUCAUUUACUGUAAAAGCUAGAGAUAUUUCCGUCACGAUAGGAAAAUCUUCAAUUUUCGUCGCCUUAAAAAACCAGGAGCCUAUAAUCAAUGGAACACUCUGUGCAGAAGUUAAGCAAGAAGAUUCACUGUGGCAGCUGGUAGACAACAAAACUGUGGUCAUUACGCUUGAAAAGGUCAAUAAAAUGAAUUGGUGGGACCGUUUGAUAACCACGGAUCUGCCAAUUUCUACACGCAAAAUUAACCCUGAGCCGUCGAAGCUUUCUGAUUUGGAUGGGGAAACUCGAAGCUUGGUUGAAAAAAUGAUGUAUGAUCAACGUCAGAAAGAACUCGGUCUACCAACAAGUGAAGAUAAAAAGAAGAUGGACAUAUUAGAGAAGUUUAAAACGCAACACCCUGAAAUGGACUUCUCAAAUUGCAAAUUCAAUUAAAAUCAUUUAUUUUCAUAAUAUUUAUACUUUAAUAAAAUGAGUUUAUGCCUUAUAACACAA